UUUUUGAGAUUUUUCCUAUUUUCAAUCUUGGUAAGUUUCCGCAAAAUCGCAACCACCACCACAACAACACCACGAUUCCCGACCCCUACCACCUUUGCGACUUCGACAACAUAUCGCAAAAAUGGCGACGGAAUUGACUGUUCAGUCGGAGCGUGCUUUCCAGAAGCAGCCCCAUAUCUUCCAGAACUCCAAGGUCAAGGCCAAGUCCACGAGACCCGGCAAGGGUGGCCGACGAUGGUACAAGGAUGUCGGUCUAGGCUUCCGAACCCCCAAGACCGCGAUUGACGGCAGCUACAUCGACAAGAAGUGCCCCUUCACUGGCCUCGUCUCCAUCCGUGGCCGUAUCCUGACCGGCACCGUUGUCUCCACUAAGAUGCACCGAACCGUCAUCAUCCGACGCGAGUACCUUAAGUUCAUCCCCAAGUAUGCCCGAUAUGAGAAGCGACACAAGAACUUGGCCGCGCACGUCUCUCCCGCUUUCCGUGUUGAGGAGGGCGACCAAGUCACAGUCGGCCAAUGCCGACCUCUUAGCAAGACUGUCCGAUUCAACGUUCUUCGUGUGCUUCCCCGAACCGGUAAGGCGGUGAAGAAGUUCAGCAAGUUCUAAGUUGGGGAUCUUUCCUGGGCAUCGAUGGCGUUGUUACUUCAUGGUUCUUCACGAUCUCAGAUACGGAACGGGUGAUUCAUAGGCUUUCUGCUAGUGCACAGAGAUGCAACAUUGGCAGUUCUGAGAAAUAAAAAGGAUAUACCAGACGCAUCGUUUUAUUUUCCAACGGCAUGGUUAUGGUGUACGACAACUUACUUGCGGUGUAUGAGCGGCUCGCUCGACUUAAAAUCCCUCGAGUCUCCUCAAUAUUCAUAUGCUAGGUUUCUAGAUGGACUGAGACCGCAAUGUCGUUGAAUGUCUAUUAUGAGGUUACUUAGAAUAAAUCACCACGAACUUCAUUAGUUGCCAACGAAACAACAGUUUCUUUCCCGUCCUUCGUAACCAAUUGCCCAUUACCUUGUUUGGCUGCAAUAUAUUCCACCCCCAACCCCCGAGACAACUAAUAAUAUUGCCUUGACCGUAUAUUAAUAUACCUCAUAUAAAGUAC